UGACCCAUCGCAAGGAGCCUAAAAAAUUGCAGUGAUGGCGCGUGUCAUCGCAACAGACUCACAACCGUCUUUAUGAUAACCCGACGCUUGUUUCCCAUUUUCCUUCUCUCUCCUUUCUCUCUGUUUCUCUCUCUGUUUUCUCAUAGAUAUCAUUAUUGAAUGUUCUUCUUCUUCUUCUUCUUCUUCUUGAUAUGUGACUGAAUGAGCUGAUAUGGUGAUGGGUAUGUCAUCCACUUGGGGAAAAGGAGAGACCAACAACAACAAUAAAAACAAUGGUAAUUAUGAUUACUCUUUCAAGGUACUGUUGAUUGGUGAUUCAGGUGUCGGCAAGAGUAGUCUUCUUCUCAGUUUCAUCUCUAACUCUAAUAAAGACCUUCAAGAUCUCUCUCCCACCAUUGGUGUGGAUUUCAAGAUCAAGCUGCUAACAGUUGGUGGAAAAAGACUGAAACUUACGAUUUGGGACACAGCUGGACAGGAGAGGUUUGGAACAUUGAUAAGCUCUUACUAUAGAGGUGCACAUGGAAUUAUUCUCGUUUAUGAUGUAACACGGAGAGAAACUUUUACGAACUUGUCGGAAAUAUGGGCAAAGGAAGUAGAGCUUUACUCCACAAAUCAAGAUUGUGUCAAGAUACUAGUUGGGAAUAAAGUUGAUAAGGAGGGUGAAAGGGCUGUAAGUAGAGAAGAGGGAAUGGCUCUUGCACAGGAGCAUAAGUCCUUGUUUCUUGAAUGCAGCGCUCAAAAAAGAGAAAAUGUGCAGCAAUGCUUCAAGGAGCUCACGCUUAAGUUUACAGAUACUGGACAUCCCUAGUUUGUUGGAGAAAGGAUCUGCAGUUGUAAGGAGACAAAUUUUGAAACAGAAGCAUCGAGGGGGCCAAGUGUCACGUAGUGGGAAUUGUUGCUCUUAGUGGAAAUACUCCGAAAUGGAGGUCCCAGUGCCAGUUGCUUACUAGCACGACUUGUAAUCAAACAGCAUAGAUGACAAAGUUCCUAACCUUGUUGGAGCCCUUGUCAUAUUUUGGAAGAAAAGUCAUGUAAUCCUUAGUAGCUUAUAUACAUACAUACCUACUGUUCUUUCAUUUGUUGAAUCUUUGCUCAACCCUAUAACAAUUCAUGAUGUUUCGGAUGGUUGGGGACAUCUGAUAGGAAAACAGAGUGGUGAAAUAUGGUCUUGUACAUAAUGUUUUGUAAUUUAUAUGGUCAAAUACAUGAUAUAUACAGAUCAUGCUUAAAAAAUAGGGAAAUUAAUGGCUUUGU